AUGACUUCACCAGACAAUGGUGAGACCGGGAGCAGCGUAUCCAUGUCCCUCAAGGUCGACGAGUUCCAAAGCCAAUACGGUGGUGACUACUACAAAUCCAAAAGUUUACCCGUCCUCAACGGGGGCUGCCCGUCACCCGACGAGCCUCUAAAACCCCCCCUGACUUAUAUUCAUGCUGACGGGUCGGUUUUCAGCAGCUUGCAUGGAAAAAGCGACUCCAGCCAGCUGGACUCUCCAUUGCAGACCGACUUCUCACCCUCCGUGUCCAGUAUGGUGGGUCUCAGCAGCUCCCUCAGACCCGAAACCAAGAAACUCGGCUUCUCCCUCGGAAGGGUGCUCCGCUUCCCGGUGAGGACGCGCGUCAGGGUGAUCCUCUCGGACUCGAGGUGUUUCCUCUUCUGCAUGUGCUACCUGACGUUCAUCCAGUCGCUGAUGGUCUCGGGUUACCUGAGCAGCGUCAUCACGACCAUCGAGAAACGCUACAGCCUGAGGAGCUCCGAGUCCGGACUGCUGGUGAGCUGCUUCGACAUCGGCAGCCUGCUCGUCGUGGUCUUCAUCAGCUACUUCGGGGGCCGGGGACAGCGGCCGCGCUGGCUGGCCGUCGGCGGCGUGUUUAUAGCCGUCGGGGCGGCUCUGUUCUCCCUGCCGCACUUCAUCUCGCCGCCGUACCAGAUCCAGGAGGUGAACUCGUCGACGGGAAACGAGGGCCUGUGCCGGAACGUGAACGGCAGCGGGGCGGAGGGCGUGGACGUCUCGUCCUGUCCGCGGGACCAAGACGCCAACGAGCACUCCGUCUACGUAGCUAUUUUCAUCUGCGCCCAGAUUCUGGUGGGCAUGGGGUCGACUCCUAUCUACACUUUAGGGCCGACGUACCUGGACGACAAUGUGAAGAAGGAGAACGCCUCGCUGUACCUGGCUAUCAUGUACGUAAUGGGAGCGCUGGGCCCUGCAGCCGGCUAUCUCCUCGGCGGGGUCCUCAUCGGCUUCUACGUCGAUCCCAAAACCGCCGUGAAUAUCGACCAGAGCGAUCCUCGCUUCGUAGGCAACUGGUGGAGCGGCUUCCUGCUGUGUGCCGUCGCCAUGCUGCUGGUCAUUUUCCCCAUGUUCGCCUUCCCCAAGAAGCUGCCCCCUCGCCACAAGAAGAAGAAGAAGAAGAAAAAGCUGGGCGCUGACGACGACGCCACCAGCGAGGACGACGUCAUGAAGGAGAAAAACGGCAGCAAAGAUCAAACCGUCACCUCCUCCAUGGGCUUCGGGAAGGACAUCAAAGAGCUUCCCAAGGCGGCUGUGAGGAUCCUGAGCAACAUGACCUUCCUGUUUAUAAGCCUUUCCUACACGGCCGAGAGCGCCAUCGUCACCGCCUUCAUCACCUUCAUCCCCAAGUUCAUCGAGUCGCAGUUCGGGAUACCCGCCUCCAACGCCAGCAUCUACACGGGGCUGAUCAUUGUGCCCAGUGCUGGCGUGGGCAUCUUUUUAGGCGGCUACAUCAUCAAGAAGCUGAAGCUGGGUGCCCGCGAGUCGGCCAAGCUGGCGAUGAUCAGCAGUGGCGUGUCACUGCUGUGCUUCUCCACGCUCUUCAUCGUCGGCUGCGAGAGCAUCAACCUCGGUGGCAUCAACAUCCCCUACACUACGGGACCGACUUUGACGUUGACACACAGGAACCUGACGGGCAGCUGCAACGUAAACUGUGGGUGUAAGAUCCACGAGUACGCGCCCGUCUGCGGGUCCGACGGCAUCACCUACUUCAACCCCUGCCUGGCGGGAUGCAGCAUGCUUGCUAACGACAGCGCUGGGGUGAGGAACUACACAGACUGCGCGUGCGUACAGAGCAGACAGGUCAUCACUCCCCCCGCCGGUGGCCAGGGCGGUCAGCUUCAGCUGGUCAUUGUGAAGACCUACCUGAAUGAGAACGGGUUCGCCGUGUCGGGAAAAUGCGAUCGAACCUGCAACACCCUCAUCCCCUUCCUCAUCUUCCUCUUCAUCGUCACGCUCAUCACUGCCUGCGCUCAGCCCUCCGCCAUCAUCGUCACUCUCAGGUCCGUAGAGGAGCAGGAGAGGCCGUUCGCUUUGGGAAUGCAGUUUGUGUUGCUGCGAACGCUUGCCUACAUCCCGACGCCCAUCUACUUCGGCGCGGUGAUCGACACCACGUGCAUGCUGUGGCAGCAGGACUGCGGGGUGCACGGCUCGUGCUGGGAGUACGACGUCACCGCCUUCCGCUUCGUCUACUUCGGCCUGGCCGCCAGCCUCAAGUUCGUCGGCUUCGUCUUCAUCUUCCUCACCUGGUACUCCAUCAAGUACAAGGAGGACCGGCUGGAGCGCCGGGGCUCGAGCCUGCCGCCUCUCGGCACCGUCAGCGAUCUCGUGUGCCAGGGGGGCGUUCGCAAGUGCCACGCGCGUACCAGGUCGUGUCCGGCGUUCACGCUGGAUCCUGCGCCUUUGCACCACGGUCAGAGCAGCCAAAGCUGCCCGGGAAACGCGCGCAAAGCAAUAACGCCCCCGGUGCGCCCUGUGCGGGAGGUCCACGCCCGGGUUUGA